GAGGUUCUUCAUUAUUUCGUCAGAACAACAUUGAAAAGUUACCGUUAAACACUCUAAGCGCUCUUCUUCAUCUUCUUAUACACUUCUCUUCCAACAAGAAUCUCACCAAGAAACUUCUUCACUUUUACAAAGUUAAAACCAUAUGGCGAACAUGAACGCUCUUCAACAAAUGAUCUUCCCAGACGAGAACGCUCCAAUUCAUCGCAAAAAGUCUGUCACUGCUGCUUCUGUGAAAUCCAAAGGGACUGUACUUGGUCAGAAGAAACCUGGAGGAGCUCGUAAGGCUCUGAAUGAUAUUACAAACAAGUCUGGGAUUCAUGCGAAAGCUGCUGCUUCUUCAAAGAACAAGCAAAUUGCUUCUGCUGCUGUGAAAGAGAUUGAUAUAGCUGGGGAAAGGUUUUUACAUGAUCACAGCAAAUGCAUCAAAGAACAGCAAAAUCUUUGGGAUGAUCACUACUCUGCUGAUCUCAUGCUACUUCAUCAUGGUUCCAGCAUCAAGGAGAAGCAUCUCAAUUGGGACAUUGAAAAGAUGGAUGCUAAGGACGAUCUGACUUACGAAGAACCAGAAGAGAUGGCAUCGCCCAAGUUUUCUGAUUGGCUGAAGAACUCGACUCCAUGGCGCUCUCCAAUCCGUCAUGGCUCUAUGAUGCCUUCCACUCCUCUGGCUUGGCGGUUCGAUUCAUGCGAAUUCACACUUAAAGAAGACUCUGACGACCUCUUCUGAGUUUCUGUUUCUUAAUGUCUUCAAAAUUCAUCCUUCAGAUGAAGUAGUAAUAGUAGUAGUGGCGUUUAUCUUUUGUUCAGCUCUUCAUGAAUCACUCUGUGUCUAUCACUUUGUAACUGGUUUCAGGAAAUAAAGUUGGUAUCUUUUCAAGUAUUUUGACUAUUCAUCAAAUUUGUGCCAUAUUCAGAAUCUGAAGUUUCGAUUUACACUGUCAUGUUUCAAGCCACAAUCCUAAACAUCAUCAGAAUUCACUUUUACAAACAUUCAUCUCUUCAACUGUGAACUUACAUUGCCGUUAUCCUUGACACUAUUGGUGACUUCUGACUCUUCUCUCACUGUCUCUAUCCUCGCGACUGUUCCGUAACACCUCUAAUUGAGCUUUAAAGGACUGCAUUUUCUGCAACUCAAGCUCCUUCUUCUCCUUCUCCAGCUCCACCACUUGUUUAAGCUUUAUACCACCUUUUCAUAACUUGCUGCAAAUCCAACUAUUGCCAUUGCCACCUCUCCAAGCUCCAUCUCAUCCACUUUUACCCGCGGUGGCAGCAAUAAUGGUAGUUUACUGUCGUCAACUGAGUAAGCAGAAAGUUCAAGUUCAGAUUCUAAUUCAGUCUCAGAAGCAACUCUUUUCCUGAAAUGCCAUCGUUUUGGAUCACCACUCGUUGUUCAGAUUUUGAUUCAAGUCUCAGAAGCAAUUAUUUCUCACUCUCUAAUGGUUGGUAAGAUAAGAAAGGUUCGACCAAAAUGGAACAAAAAAUAAUGUAAAUUUUUAUGUAAUCAAA